ACGUUCCUAUAGAUGUUUCUCACUUCCAUCUUUUUACGUCUACUUCGAUAUCCUGUGUUUAAUCGAUACAAGCAAAUAUUAUUAUCGAUCGUGUUUCUACACGGUAUCGAAUCUCGAUCGCGAAUAAAGUGAAAGUUUAUUUUCUAACCUGUCGUGCUAGAAAAUCCGAAGUAUUGACGCUGUUAUUCGACAACCUGUAGGAGUUUCCAACUGCCAAAACGUGUUUACAUGUCUUCGACAAGUGAUCAAAUUCAGAAUAAAUUCACAGAUCGUGCAUCGAUCUAAACACAGUGACAUCUCGCGGACUAAAAGUGUAAUAGAAGAGAAGAAUAGUUUUCUGAUUGGACGUCGAUAUUGGAUAGUAUUGGAUAGUAUCGUCAUGGCGGUGGCGGGAAGCUAAUAGAGAAUAUAUUCGUCAUGGAAUUGGACGACACUGAGCAUACUCUGCAUGCUUAAGAGGAUAGGAUGAACGUGUUGGUAAGUAUCCUGGACAUCCGUCGUGUGAACCAGAAGCGGAGAAGCAGUUGUUGGAGAAGAAGUUGCUGGUAGCAGCCAUAGCAGAGGAAAGUCCGUGGAGUGUACAGAUCGAGGAGGCAAGUGAAAUCACGACGUCUUGUCCGGAGGGUACGUGCUUGGGCGACGAGGGGCGGCAACUGGCCGAUGGGAUGCAUCUACCGGUGGGUUCCGUGGGUUGCGGGGAGAAUUACGCCACCGUUGGAUCCCACGAAGGCGCCGGUCCGUGCGGCCCCUCACUGGCGCCUCUUCAGGGGGUAAACACCAGGUACCAGCAGGCCGACGACGCCGACGCCGGGGGAGGUGGUGGCGAAAUGAGCGAGGGUGCCGCCGUCGGCGAGCUUUGGUGGACCGAAAGACUCGUCGGCGAGGCACAAGCUGAACAUCCUGGUGAAUUGGUUCGAACAGGAUCACCAUAUUUUCUCUGCAGUCAAUUGCCAACACAUUGGAGAUCCAAUAAGACGCUCCCAGUGGCAUUCAAAGUUGUCGCUCUGGGCGAAGUCGUCGAUGGAACAUUGGUAACAGUACGAGCGGGUAACGAUGAAAACUGUUGCGCCGAACUAAGAAAUUCCACUACGUUGAUGAAAAACCAAGUCGCCAAAUUCAACGAUUUAAGGUUCGUCGGAAGAAGUGGUAGAGGCAAGAGCUUCAGCAUCACCAUCACGGUGUCGACGACGCCUCCCCAAGUGGCCACGUACACGAGAGCCAUCAAGGUGACCGUGGACGGACCGAGAGAGCCCCGAUCCAAAACGAGGCAGACUCACAUCCCGGGAUUGGCGCGAGUUCCCGCGCUACCCCGUGUUCCCGGCUUGACCCGAGGGACUUUCCCCGACGCGCCGAGCCCGUUCACUCCCUACCUUCGGGACUCGGAGCCGUACAGGAGGAAUAAGCAUCACGUCGGCAACAACGUCACCGCGAAUUCGGUUAGCGGUGCCUGCACCAACCCCAACAACACCGAUCCGACCGCAUCGCCCGCUUCGAGCGCCCACCUCGGCCCAAACAGCGGCUCCUCGGCUCAUCAAGAUUGCUACAAGCACAGCCCUCAGCACGGUGACACGGGUACGGCAGGGAGCGCGGAAUGGACUUAUCCGUCGGCGGCACCGUCUUAUCCGGCUCCUCCGGUAAGCAGCGGCGGCUCGUUCUCACCGAUCCCUGGAGGGGCGUUCUCGUAUCCAGGUGAAGCCCUUUCUCAUCACCCGACCACGGAGCCCGUGCCGUUGCCAACUGUUCUUCCGUCGGACACGAGCCAACAGGACACGUACACGCCCAACUGCGUGUCCAUGUACCCGAGCCACGGCGCCUCGUCGACCUCCUCGUUGCCCUUGGUCCCCGCGAAGUCGAGCGACCCGGACAUUUUCGCGGGGGGCGGGACGGGCAGCGGGAGCCCCGGCUAUCACUACGGCCCCUCGUGGACCUCGGGCCCGGCCACGCCUGUCCCGGUCGCCUCGCACAACUACAACCCCAACUACCAGGGCUACUACAACAACCCGAGCCAGAACUACAUCAGCCCGGCCCCGAUGGUCCUCUACCCCCAGCUGUACAGCACGGUGAACCAGAACCAGAUCCACCUGCACCUGCACGGAGACUUGAGCGAGGAGCAGGUGACCAUUGCCGGUAGCAAUCUGACCAUAAGCAGCAACAGGCUGGAGAUCGGCGUGAUGGGCGAGGAGAACGAGCAGAGGAACGACGUUUGGAGACCGUAUUGAGCCGAUCUCUGAUCUUUGCCAAGUGCGAUCUUUCAACAUCGGAUUAGAUCGCGCUGUAUAUGUGAUAUAUCGAGGAAGAAAGGUUUUGCGAGAGUUAGUUUCGAAGAUUUGUGGAAACGAUUAUUAUUCUUCUUCUUCUUCUUCUUCUUCUUCUUCUUGGUCACGAGUACGCGAGUGUUGCGAGUGUUAUAAGGAAUUCUAGUGGAGAGAAGGACUUUGGGAAAAGUUUGCGAACGAUUUGUGAUGGAUCCAGCGCGUGUGUAUCCUCCAAGUGGGAAGAUUAGUCAUGUAACGUUGUAAAUACAGAUAUUUUCCAUGAAAUAAAAUCUUGCUUGAACAGGUUCCUGAAUCCCCCCCUCCCCCUCUAGUUGAUAUCGGAUAUCGAAUUAAAGGCCUUGCUUUCGUUCUUCCGUUGUUCGAUAUUCGUUAGCUGGGGAAAAAUUGGACGAGAAAGGGGUUUGAAACUUUCCCCCGUUGAUUCGAGGAAAUCUUAUCCGACGGAAGGGAAGGGAAGGGAAGGGAAAAGCGAGUGGUUGUCUCUUUUUCUCUUUCGUACGGGGAGAACACGGAGGGGGAGGGCACGGAUAAUCCUUUUUUACGGUUGCUGCGAGCUCUAUUUAAUAUUUAAAGCGAUGCUGGAAAUGACGAACGAAUGGAUAGUUGCGGUCUACCCGCAUUCUCUCUCUCUCUUUCGACCCAGCCAGCUUCGCCCUCUUCGUCGCCCGCGUUUUUAUCUUCCUACGAAACAAAGCGAAAAUCUUUGUACCUCGAAUCGUUGUUUUUUUUCGUAUCAAGAUUUUUAAAAACGAUUUAUCGGAUCGAGAAUAAUUAUUCCUCGACGAAUCUACAGAAUCCUCUUCCCGAUUAGAAUUACAGACGAAACGGAUUCGAAAGCAAUUUUCCUCUUGUAAUUACCUGGAAAUCAUCAGUCUCGUCAUCGUCGGUUUAAACGCAGAGUUUCGAGUUUCCUUUUUUUUUCUCCCUUCUCUCUUCCUUUUUCCCUUUCGAAGAGGAUACAGGAGUAAAAACGGAGAGAGAAGAGAAUGGACUUUCACGAAAGGAACACACGAACGCAGCUCUUCCUGCGUUCGUCAUCCUCUGUCAGAGGCUGCACGCUUUCCACCAGGACUUGUCUCCGCUUCCUCCUCGCUGAUGUUUACUGCCUGUUGGAAUGGGACGGGAAUAAAAGCAUGGAAUAAGCCGAGGCGACCGUCGCUCGUAAGCUUCCCUCUUUACGAGGAUGACUCGACCGCAGACAAGACUCUCCCACCCUUUCCAAAGCCCGUUAAAACGCAAGAACUGAAAUGCACUUGGUCCCGUGCAGCGAAUCGUCGUCACCUUUGAUACCUCUCCGAGUUCGUUCGACGGAGGGACGGACCCUUCGAAGCGGCUCCGCUCUUCGUUCUCGAUUCUCUUCGUUCCUUUCUUUCGGGAUUCUCCUCUCCUUUGAGAAUUAGUUUUAGAGGGAUGUAAGGAGAUUCUUAAGAAAAGUAUGAGAGAUUCGUCGACUCGAAUGUUUGAAUUUUAAGGGAAUCUUAAGGUUCUUAUUCGCUCCUCGAUAAAAAUGUAUCGAGAUGUAGAUUUGAAUCGUAGUACAAUUUUAUUAACUCGAAAUAAUCGAACGUUUCACGCUCGUACAUCUCUUAAUUGUCUCUAAUUCGUGCUCGAGUUUACGCUGAUUAAAAAUUAAUACCUUUAUUAUUACCAUAUUACUUGUCCAUAUAUUUUCGUUCCGUUUACAUAUUUAUAUAUAUAUAUGUAUAUUUUCGGUUGAAUGGAUUGAAUAUUUUUUUUUUUAACUUUAUUUAUUUUUGUCUCGUGUGUUGCUUCAAAAAAAAAAAAAGGAAAAGAGAACAAAGAAGAAACGAAAGAAGACAGAAGAAGGGUCUACGUAGGCACGUUUUAUUAUCAAUUAGUAUACUCUCCGCAUUUUUUUUUCUUUCUUUCUUUUUUUUUUUUUUUUAAACGACUGCUCAACAAUUACUUA